UGGCGGCCGUCGGGGAGCGUCGCGGCCCUGGGGACCCAAAGGGGGCUUCUUAGCGGGCCUGGACGCUCCCCUUGCUCCCAAGGGGUCGUCAGUCCCUCCGCGCACCACCCACAUUGUGUGUGUGUUGUAUGUGUGCGUGUGCGCGCGUGCCCACCGGAGGGUCUGGCAGGUAUGGCGGGUGGGGCUUGGGUCUCUUAACACCUCCUUUGGCCCGUUUUCCCAACCCAAAGUUAAAGCUUGUGAACUGGCUCAAGAAAUAUUUGCAAUCGGGAUGGCUUAUCCUCUCAAAUCUAUGGUGUUUGAUGGGUUCGAACAGACCUGGCUUAGGAGCUUUGUGACCUUGAGCAAGAGACUCAAUCUCACUGAGCUUCCCUCUCAUCUGCAAAGCAGGGUACCCUAAUAAUGGUAACCCGAAACAGCCCCUAAACUACCUUCUUGUACCAGGUUCUUGGUGAAGCACUUGGCACGCAUUGGAGCUCAUUACUCCUCAUCGCGGCCCUGUAAGGUAAGUAGGGCUAUCACCCCAUUAGACAGAUGGGGAAGCCGAGGCUGAAAGAGGCCAGGUAAGCUACCCAAGGCAACUGGUGUGGAAUUGGGAUGCAACUCAGGUCUGUCUUCUUCCACCAAUUUCAUGACUGUGAGAAUUAAGAGGGAACUUAUAUGCAAAGCACCUGGCACACUCCCUAAUUUCCUUCCUUCUCUCUUUCUCCACUCUCUCCUUUCCUUCCUCCCUUCAGGAAGUUUGGGGCUGAGAUCCAAAAAGAACUGGGUGCAAGCCUCCAGGCACCCUGAGGGGAGUGGGCUGAGGGCUGGCCCAAGUUCCCUCCUCCCCCUCUGCAGAGCCUAGGAUGCCCCUCCGCCGCAGCAACUCCUGAGCUCAUGGAGCCCUCAGCCACCCCAGGGGCCCAGAUGGGGGUCCCCACUGGCAGCAGGGAGCCAUCCCCUGUGCCUCCAGACUAUGAAGACGAGUUUCUCCGCUAUCUGUGGCGCGAUUAUCUGUACCCAAAACAGUACGAGUGGGUCCUCAUCGCAGCCUAUGUGGCUGUGUUCCUCGUGGCCCUGGUGGGCAACACGCUGGUCUGCCUGGCAGUGUGGCGGAACCACCACAUGAGGACGGUCACCAACUACUUCAUCGUCAACCUGUCCCUGGCUGACGUUCUGGUAACUGCCAUCUGCCUGCCGGUCAGCCUGCUGGUGGACAUCACUGAGUCCUGGCUGUUCGGCCAUGCCCUCUGCAAGGUCAUCCCCUAUCUACAGGCCGUGUCCGUGUCAGUGGCAGUGCUGACUCUCAGCUUCAUCGCCCUGGACCGCUGGUAUGCCAUCUGCCACCCACUAUUGUUCAAGAGCACAGCCCGGCGGGCCCGUGGCUCCAUCCUGGGCAUCUGGGCUGUGUCGCUGACUGUCAUGGUGCCCCAGGCUGCAGUCAUGGAAUGCAGCAGUGUGCUGCCCGAGCUAGCCAACCGCACACGGCUCUUCUCGGUCUGUGAUGAACGCUGGGCAGAUGACCUAUAUCCCAAGAUCUACCACAGUUGCUUCUUCAUUGUCACCUACCUGGCCCCACUGGGCCUCAUGGCCAUGGCCUAUUUCCAGAUAUUCCGCAAGCUCUGGGGCCGCCAGGUGAGGCCCACUCUGGUGUCACUGUGUGGGCUGGGGGUGGGGGUGCUACUGAGCUCCUCACAGUCUGUGUCCUCAAUGUCCCUUAAGAAGGUGAGAGCCUGGGAACCCCAAAGCCUGGCCAAGACCUCAGGUACAGAAGGCAGGAAAUGUGGAUGGAAGUGGGCAGCAGGAACUCUUGCCCUUUACAGCUCAGGUUCUGUGAGCAGCACUCCCCCAAUACACGCGCACACAGCUACUCCACUUCUGACGCUCCUCUACCCUGGGCCUAGGGUGUUCGGGAUGUUCCGCCAAGCCAGUGACCGCGAAGCUGUCUACGCCUGCUUCACCUUCUCCCACUGGCUGGUGUAUGCCAACAGUGCUGCCAACCCCAUCAUCUACAACUUCCUCAGUGGCAAAUUCCGGGAGCAGUUUAAGGCUGCCUUCUCCUGCUGCCUGCCUGGCCCGGGUCCCUGCGGCUCUCUGAAGGCCCCUAGUCCCCGCUCCUCUGCCAGCCACAAGUCCUUGUCCUUGCAGAGCCGAUGCUCCGUCUCCAAACUCUCUGAGCAUGUGGUGCUCACCAGCGUCACCACAGUGCUGCCCUGAGCGAGGGCUGCCCUGGAGGCUCCAGCUCGGGGGAUCUGCCCCUACCCCUCAUGGAAAGACAGCUGGAUGUGGUAAAAGGCUGGGGCUUCAGUCCUGGGUUUCUGCCUGUGUGACUCUGGAUAAGUCACUUGCCCUCUCUGAGCUUGUGUCCCCUAAGCAGGGUUGAUGUGAGGAUUAAGCAUGCUGAAGCAAGUGGAAAGCUCCCUGUAAA